GGCAACUGAAAUCAUGAAGUCUUUUGGGGCUCUGCAAGCAGAACUUGAGAAAGCGAAGGAUAACCUUAAAGGAGUGGACGAACACAUAAAAAAACUAAUAGGAAGAGAUCCCAGCGAAGGAAAACAGCGGCCUGGUUUAAAACGUCCUGCUGCCCAGCCUGAGGAGUUUCGCGGAAGAGGUCGUGGAUUCACCCCAUUGAGGGGGCGGCGAGAUCCAGGAGGAAGACCAGAAGAAGAGGAAUCACCGCUUGCCAUCAAGAGACGACCUGCUGAUCCUAGAACGGUAUUUAGCAGGUUGUCGGGGCCACCGAGGUUGAAGCGGGAGGCAGACAGUGGUGAUGAAGAGGAGGUUUCAAACAAGCCUGCAAUUUCAUCCCGAGUUAUCGCUACCCCUAAGGAGCUACCAUCAAGACAGGAAGCCAUGGCCGCACAAGGCACAGAUGAAAGAAGCAAGGCUAGGAAUAGAAGGAUGUUUGGUGCAUUGCUUGGUACUCUUCAGAAAUUUCGUCAAGAAGAAACAAGAAUGAGAGAUAAGGAGGAAAAGAGAGCAAAGGUUGAAAAAAAGUUGGAAGAGAAUGCAAAACGUGAGAAGGAGGAACUGAAAAAAGAACGCCAGGAAUUGUUUCAGGAACGAAAGCGAAAGCAAGCAGAGAUAAAGAAAAUUGAACUUAAAAUGUUAAGAGUUAAGGAGCAAGAUGAAUGGGAAAAUAAACACAGGCAUCUUCUGAACUUCAUUCAGACACGUUCCAAGCCUCAUAUAUUUUAUCUUCCAAAAAUGCACAACCUGAAGACAGAAGAAAGACUAGUUGCUAGCCAGAAGGUUGUUGCAAAAAUGAUAGAGAAAAAGCGUCAAGAAGUUCAGUUGGAGUUAGAGGCCAUUGAAAAGCGGGGACGUUGGCGACAGGGCUUGGGAGAAUCUGAGGGAGGGAUAGGGCAGGCAGCAAGUGCUGAGCUUCAGGCCAUGGUUGAUAUGGAAACCUUGGAGGCAGGGGACAAGGAGAACCGGUUAGAGGGUGGUGUUGAUGUUAAUAUAGAUAUGAAUGAAAAUGUUGAAGCCCAGAAAACAGGUAAGGUUGGGGGUGAGCUUGAAAGGACAGGUGAAGACCAAAUAGGCAGCCAGAUUGGGACUGAUAUGGAGGGUGUGGAGUUUCGGGGUAAUGAACGGGAUGUAAAGAAAGAAAAUUUAGAGGGAGAUACAAUUUCUACAGUGUUUGUAAAAACAGAGAAGGAUGAUGAGGAGGAGGUUGAUGAUGAUGAUGAUGACGACGAUGAUGACGAUGAUGACAAUGGUGAUGAGGAUGAUGACAGUAAUGAGGAUGAUGAUUAUGAUGAUGGUAAUGAUAAAAGGAAGAAAAUUUUUCCUCUUAAUUCCUCUGAAAAGGAUCAUGGAGAAGCCGAAAGGAAAUUGAAAGAGGCUAUAAAUGAGAAGUCUGAGUUGGUAUGAAUAUGAGUGUCUCUUAGUAACAAGCAUGUACAUAUGGCUAAAUAAUUUUGACAUUUUAACCGAUAAUUGCUUCUGCUUUUCUGUUACAUAUGGGGUGUGCGUAUGCUUGUGUGUAUGUGUGAGAAAGAGAGAGGGAGUGAGAAUGAGACUAUCCAUAUACACCAGUAGUUCUUUCUUAUUCUGUUAUUUUCCCUGAUAGCAAUAAAAGUACUUCAUAAUUUAUUUCUUAGAGCAGUUGUGCAUUUUAGUUAUCUUCAGAGUAUGUAGCUUGGAAUAAAAGAAUAUGUUCAGAAAUCAUAUGCACCCAGUAUCAUACAUUGCAAAGACUGAGUCAAUACCGUUGUCCUGAAAAUUUGUAUGACUGAAAGAUGUGUACUAAUCUGGUAUUCUGACUUAUCACACCUUGUAGUCUUCAUAAGUUCUGUCCUCCAUUGAAGAUAAGGCAAAGCAAUUAAUGCCCAUCUGCAUGUACUAUGCAAGCCGAAAACAUGGUCAUGAUUUUAUGGCAACUUACUGUUGCUUUUGGUAUACUGAAGCUUAAUACUUUUCCCAGUUAACUCUUCUGCUUGCUGAUCUCACAUCCUGGCCAUUCUUUGCUGUACAGUGACAGUUUUGCAAUAUUUUACUAUAACAAAUUAUUAAUAGCAAACAAUCGGCACGUGUCUGAGGAAUUUCAGAAGAUUGGUAAGUAUAUGCACCACCUGGUCACAAAUGAGAGAAAUAUGUGUCCAAAAUGAAUUUUGAAAGAGACAUUAUGUCUUGACAUGUUACUAUCCAGCUGUUGCUCGAUAUUGUAGUCUGGACAAAGCUGCAGUAAAAGACUAACCUCUCAUGCAGGACUAGAAAUGUUAAUAAUGUGUUCCUGAAUGAACAGUCAAAUUGUCAAGAUUGACCAGUCCUAGCCAACACUUGCCUCACCUUCUCUUCAUUCAACUGUAGUCCCUACCAGACUGUGUGGACUCUAUCACAGAGUCCUCUCUGCCAUGGGAACCCAAAAUCUGUUAUAAACCCAUUCAGUAGAACUGCACUGUCAGGAACCGGGUAAGUAUGUAAUUAUGUUGUUGAUAAACAUAUACUGUUUGUCAGUUCCAGAGUAAAUGAAUCUUCAGUGACAUUGAAAAUUGAAGUUGGAUGUGAAAAUUUACCUCAGUGCAAAUUUGAAUAUUAGAUUGCAUUUUCUGUGUAGAUGGGAGAAGUAAAGCGAAGGCCUACAGUGAGUUGUGCAAGUUUGUUGAGGGUGGGUCAGCAUAUGCAGUGCAAUACUGGAAUGAAUAAACACUCACCUCCAACUAGUGCCAAGGUCAAGAAAAUGUGGCUGUAUGCAUCCACUCAUCCAUAGGCCUUCAUGGCAUAAUGCUUAAUUAGUUAAGCACAGGGACAACUUUACCUAACAAUGUAGAUACAGGACUUUGUUAUGUUCUGUAUAAUAAUGAUCAUUCAGAUGAAUUCAUGUAAUUCUCAGAUUAAUAAAUUGUAUUGUUUUGUACUUUGUUGCUGGUAUUUAUGCCAACAUGAAAGACUGUGAAACAGGUGUGAGAGUUUGUCAGUAGUGGCACCAGUUUUAAAGUGUUCUGGCAAUGGUGUAUUACACUUAUAAUUCUGGAUUUAUGGACUUCACCAUCGCCUGAUAUUCUCAGUGUUAUUACAUUUUGGAAAUUGGUUCUUCCUUUGUCUUCAAGUGAAAAGGCAGGGGCACAGGCUUGCUAGAAAGACCUAGUGUCAAUUGUUAGACAACCUAACUCAGUUAAAUAUGUAGGUGUAUAGGAUCAGGUUUUGUCACGAGACAUGUUAAGGAAGUCACAGUACAAAAACUGGAGAUACACUGGUUAAAAUAAAAGAAUUCUCCAUAAAUAGAAUAAAAUUUUUAGGGAAAGAAAUUGAAGUGGAAAAGUUUAUGAUUUCUCCUACAGUUUUGUUUUAUGUGCCACUUAUUUAUUAUAAACAUUUGUAUAAGGCCAGUCAUAAGACAGAUCAGUGGUCCUUAUUCUGUAGGCACUUCACAAGAUCUGCAAAGGUUUAUAGCAGUGAUUUUAAUGCAUUUAAUAAUAAAGACAAGGUCAUUGUUAAUAGUGUACGUAAAUGAGAUGUGAUAGUGCAGACAAAGAUGUAUUUAAAAAAGGCUGCAACAAAUUGGUGUCAUUUACUAAGACUUUGAAAACUGCACACAUUCUUAUAAUAUGUUUUAAUAGCAGUCUGUCUAUAAAACAAAUUAACACAGAGUACUGUCUUGUGGGAUUUGACACCAUGCAGUCUGGUUGAUGUUCAUUGACAUAUUGGAGUGUCAAAGAAUAAGUCAAGCAAGUGGUAAUGCUUGCAGGUUGUAUGCUUGGCUUACUCUUCUACCAGUGACCUGGAGAUAGUAUGUUGCUCCAAAACUUUGUUGAACACCUAUCAGACUACUUCACUUCCCAGAAGAUGGUACUUAUCAUAAUCACUGCACUGAGAACUUCAGAUGAUUAGCACAAUUUAACAUCUUUCAGAGAAUUACGAUUGUAUUACAUGCAGUUGUGGGCACACAGUAUAUGUGAUUGAUAUAGAGGAUAGAGUUGUGAUAAAUACAUAUUUUAGUAUCUUUUAUAUGCCAUUGAACCAUGACAUUUAUUAUUUAAUUUUAUAUUUGUCAUAGAAUGUGUGACACAAUUAAAAUAAAUGAAUUGUUCGAGGAGAAGUCAUGUUAUGUUCAGGCACAUGUUUAGAACGUUCUGAGGGAGUCCUGAUAUUUAAUAAGUUAUUUAGUCUCCUGUAUGUCAAGGUUUAUGAGACAUUUCUUCAUUAAACGUCGAGUUGAUUCAUCAGAAUUUUGGUUCCAUUCAUGUCUAUUUUAAAUGACACCUGGUGGCGUGGGAUGUGUUGAAGUAGUGUUUUUUAUCCAACGGAGCUGAAAAUUCUUUCCUUUUUUAACCUUUACACUUAAGUACUGAGUUGGUACACUUGUGUCGGCUAGCAGAUAACAUUAUUUUAAACUAAUAAAGCAUUUAGGACCAAUAUUUUUACGUUUGGAUAAAAGGAAAACAGUGACUGUGAAAAGUGAAAAGUAUUGUAGAAAGAAUGGCUAAGAAUUGUUUAAAAAUUAUUUGAAUCACUACAUGGGCAGGUUUUUCAUGAUAUAGUUUAACAAAAAAUGAUUGAAAGAAAUGCCGUAUUUUGACGAAAGGAAUUGUAAUUAAAUUGAAAGUUGAUUUACAGGUGGAUGUAUGUGAGUAAGAAUGAAAUGUAUGUAUAUGCUGAACUACACAAAUACGUAAAAGCCAUUUUUCCCUGGCAACACUCUUGUGCUGCACUACAACUGAUGGCAAUGAGUGAUGUUGCCUCCCAGUAUUUUUUUAUUGUCACAUAUGUUUCAGUGUGGAUCAUUUACAUCAUUCCAUUCUGUGGUCAGCCAUUUGUUGUGUCGUGGGUGAUUUUUAUUCUCAUUAUUUGGACCUCAGAUUGCAAACCUGCAAUCUGUACAAUGUUUAGCUUAUACAAAAAUCUAGCACUGCAGAUCAUUUAACAUUCUUCAUGUGAUAGUGAAAUUGGAACAUAAAAAUUAUGUUCAUGCUGGUAAUCACAUAAAAUUCUGUAUAAUUAAGUUGAGGGUCCAUAGAAGCUGUUGAAAUAUUUGGUUGCUAUACCAGUAGACCAUCCAUUCUGAGGCAGUCAUAUAUGAAGAGAAUUUGUGACUGAAGUAAGGGCCCACAUUUCCCUAAUUUGCGUGUUCCAUAUCUGGAUCAGUACAAGUGCACAUAAUAUAAAUUUAUUUGCAAAAAUUGAAACUGUAGAACAGUUGUCAAGAACAGAAGGUGAGUUAAUAAAAACUCAGUUAUAGACCUUGCAGACUAGAAUUUUAAUGCUGAUAUAAGGACGUGAGAUAUUUUACACAAGAUUUGUCUGAGUGUAAAUAAUAAAAGAAACAUGAAGAUAGUAGUUUGUAAGCAGUAAAUGUAAUUUUAUUAGUAAUAAACUUAUUGAAUAAUAUACAGUGAAA